AUGGUAAGGAUCGUGUAAAUAGAAGCCACAAAAAGGGCUAAAAUUUUGCAUCUUAAACUCUUCAGCAUUUGAUGAGUUCGUCCGCCAUGUUUAGUAGACGUUCCAUUACGCGCGCACGCGUGAAUGCAGUUCGUCUUUGCUUUCCUAUUCGUGGGCUCACUCAUGGCAGAUAACAAAUUAUCGGAGAGUUCAUCGUAAAGGCUUUUUCUCUGAAAACGACUGUGCGAAAGUUCGUGAAAAUGCAGGUCUGAUCGCAAUAAUUUUAUUUUCUUUUGAGUGGGAUUUCAUUGUUACGUGAUUCUUGUACCUCUCAUAAACUUUCCUGCAAAUUAAUACCGUAUAUUAUUACUUUGAUUAAGCAGUUGUUUUUCAAAAACCUACAUUAUCUAUCAGAACUUUUCUGCAUGUCUGUAUAUAAUACGACUUUUAUUCCAUCUCGAUUUGAACUUUUUUCAUUCAACGAAUAGGACGAGAAGCUAUUAGAAGUUUCUCUGGAAGCAGUAUCCAGCAGGGUCCAAGAAUUAAAGGAAGCAAUUCAAGCCUUCCUGAUGAAACUGGAGCACGAGCAAAUGAACUGGUAAGAGAAUCAUUACCUGCUCUUUGCACGUUUAAAUUUCCUAGCUCGCUGUUCAGAAGAAUAGUUCUUGUAACCAUCUGAAGCAUUAUCAACUCACUUUACUAUUUGUUACAGGCCCUCGGUUUUGGAUAACUAUGCUCUCUUAUCAGGUAGGUUUAUUGUUGCCUGUUUAACUCUUUACACCCUAACAUCAAUAAACAUAUUCUCCAUACUGUUCUCCAUACGUUUCUUAACCCUUUCACUCCUAAGAUCUAAUUAGUAAUUCUCCUUACUAUCUGCCAUAUAAUUCUUAUGAUGUUAGUUCAGAGAAUUUGGUAUUGGGUCAACUAAUAAUCCAAUGAUUGAUAUUCUUCUCUAUUCUCAUCACCUACCUGCUUGAUAUUGUAUUGAUAUUGUAUGGAGAAAUUCUGUCUUGGUCACUUGUGGGAGUGAAAGGGUUAAGUUGCUGAUAAGGAGAAUUCGUUUGAACAUUAAGUGUUUCUUUACUUGGUGAUCAUUUCCUUUAUUCUUGUGACAUUAAUGUGUGAUUUAGGGGUGAUAUUGUAAGGAGAAAUUAGAUGCUGCUCACUCUCAGGGGUCAAAGGGUUCUAUGUAAUCUCUUGGCUACAACCCCUAGUUUAAUUUUUAUUGUUUAAAGUAUUGAACUUGCCUACAUGUUAUGCAUCUCUGUUGAACAGGUCAAGUAAACACAUUGACAAAACUCCUGAAAAAUGACAAAACUCCCCCCUUUCGAAACCUGGUGCUCCUACCUGUGUUAGUACAACAAGAAACAGACCCAGAUAUACAGGUACAUUUGUGGCAGAUAUACAGUGUAGAGUAAAUGUAAAUCAUACUAUAAUGAUAUUCUUGCUAAUGGAAUAAAAUAAUAUGUUUACCAAAUAUUCCCUAAGUCUGUUGUGAAACAAACUUGCCAACAAGUCCAUAAGAAAGAGAGACCUUUAUGUUUAGGAUUAACCAUUGAUGAUGAUCAAUAUUUUUGUAUAAUAGCUAUCACAGUGUGACAUCAUAACCCCUUCGCUGCCAGCGCGACAUGCGUGACAAUGUGACAUGCUGAGUGUCGUGUAAUUUUCAGUUUGUGUGCCCAUGUUACGUUCUCAGUACCUUGAUAGUUAGAGUAACAGUCAAAUCCCUGAUACUAGAGAUGUAAAAUAACCUGGACUCUCAAACUCAAAGCAAGUCAGAAUUCUGAAUAAAAGUCAAAUUGCAUUGUCACAGGACUUCUGGUCAGGGUAAUGACAGUAAGGGCAUGAACAAAUUCCAAUUCAUUUACAAGUUUUUCUGUUUUGUGGUUUAUUAGAAAGCAAGCGAAGGCCGUAUACAUGCAUUUGACCAUGAAGUUGGUAAGUAUUAAUUUGUUUAUACUACGCAAUUCAUACAGUGCCCACUCAUAAAUUUUGAUUUUUUUUCAUUCCAGUCCCAGACUAUCUGCGAACAAAGUAUGCUCCUGAGAUAGAGGAGUCUGAACAGAAGGUGGAAACCAUGGCAACAAACAUCCCACCAGAUGAAGCUCAGGUAUAUAGAAACUAAUUUUUACUCUUUAACUCCAAAGAUCCUGUUGUCAAUUCUCCCUUCAAGCUGUUACACCUUUCCUUGUAAAUUAAUCACGAGAAUUUGGCAUUUGGUCAAGAUAACAGCCCUCUACUUAAUGUUUGAGUAUUCCCAUGACCUGUUUGUUGGAAAAUGUAUGGAUGUUAUAGGGAGAAGUAACAUGUUAAUCACUUCUGGGAGUUAAAGGGUUAACAGAAAACAGAGAAUACUACUCAUCCCUUUCUCUCCCAAGAUCUCUUCUUGUCUGUCAUUCCCUACUUAUAAUAAUUUUAGCUUUGAAAACUUAUCUAUGUUUUUUAAUUGUUGUGUUAGUUUUUUUGGGAAGGGGGGGAGGGAGGGAAGGAAAUUACUUGGGUUUCAGUGAAAGGGUGGAUCAAUAUCAGUAUUUGGGCAACUGCCCACUUACCCCUCCCCUAACUCAACAGCAGUCAAUUGAUAACAAGCUAGGGUUAAUGUUGGGUCAGGGGAGGGGUAGGUGGGCAGUUGACCAGAUACUGAUAUUGAUCCGAAAGGGUUGAGGCAAGUGAAUAAUCCUUAGACCCCCCCUUAAAUUGUUCAUAUAUCAUUUGGUGUAAUGUUGUUUCAAUUACAGCGUACACUCUGUGGUAUACAGUAUAUUUAUAAACUGAAAACUUAAGGUAAUCUUGUUCAUUUUUAAUUUUUACCAUGUUCAAUUACAGAAGCAGAAAGACACACUGAAUGAACUUGCUGAAAAUCUUUUUAAUCUUAUAUCAAGUGCAAGAGAGGACUGGGAGGGAGAGCAAAGUGCAGGUAUUAAAAUUUGCAUUAGUUAUGUUUCAUGCAAAUUUAGCAAUAAUUACAUAUCAAAAUGGACUCGAAUUUUUAACUUGGAUUCAUACUUGAUUUUUUUUUCUUUUUUUAGCAUCAAGAAGCUCAUCUGUUGUUAAUCCUGACCUCAACAGUCUUGUUUCCGCGGUUACAUUUGGAAGAGGUAUGUUUGAUGAUACAUGUACAUGACUCUGUUUUGAAGCCAAGUGGCCUACCCAGCUGGAACUUAUCUCUGUUUUCAUAACUUGAAAUGACAAGGAGUAUCACUUGUUCUUCUGGAUGGGAUGCAAGUGUAUUGCAAGGUUACCCCCCCCAGUGUUUCAUCAGGCCUCCCUGACAAUUUACCCCUACCCAUUUUUAUUAAAUAUAAAUACUGAGAUUUACACACUGAAAAGGUGUGAAAUAGUAAAAAUGCAUAAGAGUUAAGUGUCUUGCCCAACAUCACAAAACAUUGACCCAGUCAGGUCUCUCGCCCAGACCUCUUGACUUGGAAUCCAGCACACUAACCUUUCAAUUGACACAUCUACUCUGGCAAUGAUAGAUUGAAGUGGAAUUCUACUUGUAGUAGCUCUGCAGACUCCCAAAUGCUAUCCAGCCAAAAGGCCACAAUGCAUCCUCAGACACACUGUAAACAGGUUCUCAUAAGCUAUCCAGUGAAUUUUUUUUCUGAAAGGUCUAAUUUUGUUGUUUUUUAUUGUACAGGUCUAAAACCAGCAAAAGUUACCAAGGGUCGAGGUUCUAAGUCAGAUAAAGGUAUAUUUGUAGUGAUCUUUUUGCAGUAUUUUGACUUGUUGGAUAACAGGGGCUAGAAUUAUAGUUAACAUUUUGUUAUAUUAAGUGAAAUUAAACUGGAUCCUGGACCAGGAAAUAAAAUUUUAAUAUAAACUCUUUUCACUCUAACAUCGGUAUUCAUAUUUUCCCAACUGUUUUCUAUAAAUUUCCUGACAUGUUGUCGAGGAGAAUUUGUUUAAAAUCAAUUUUCAUCAAAAUGAUCAUUUUCUUUAAUUUGUGUCCUUAACCCUUUAACUCCCUGAUUAAAUUUGUAAUUCUCCUUACUAUCAAUCAUACAAUUCUUAUGAUUUUAGUUCAGAGAAUUUAGUAAUGGAUCAACUAAUUAUCCCCAAAUUGAUAUUUUUCUUUAUUCUCAUCACUUAUCUGGUUGAUAUUGUAUUGAUAUUGUAAGGAGAAAGUCUACCUUGGUCACUCAUGGGAGUUAAAGGGUUAAUGUGUGAUUCAGGGGUGAUAUUGUAAGGAUAUAUGAGAUGCUAGUCACCCUUAGGAGUCAAAGGCCUCAGAAAGAGGGGAGAUCCAAGUGCUCUAUUGAAUAAAAUUUAAACUGAGUGGCAUCAUGCUGUAUCUUGAUAAUGUAAAAUGUUUUUGUCAGUUUGACGACAACUUUUCUCAGCAGUGAAGACUUCCUUGGAAAAAUACAGUAUAUGUUACUUGAGAAUGAAUUGUGUCCCAUCAAGUAAAACUGUAUAUAUGAUGAAAGAAACUCUAAGUGGAUUAAAAUUUAUAAUACAUGUAGGGCUUCAUCUUUUCAAUGAUAGCUCAUUAGGAAUGCAUACAGAGUACAUUAUCUGAUACAUAAACAAACAAUAUUUCUUAAAGGUGAUAUUCUUUUUUUCUUUGCUACAGCACAAAGUAGCUGGAUGAGUGACAAAUCUACAAAUAAAGCUCCAAGCUCUGUUAAAACAGACACUAAGGCAGCUGCCAGUGUUCACCCAUACUCUAUGCCUAACAGAACAACCAGCAGGACAGGACCAUGAUGUUUGAGAUCUGAUAUUGUUAUACCCAUAUAAUGUAUAGUGUACCAGUAUUGGACUGUCAUGGCAUCCAGUGUGAUGCUACCUUUCUUUGCAACAGUAUUGGACUGUCACUGUCAAAUACAACACCAAUAGACAUCCAUCAGAACAACAAUGUACCAUCAAUGGUUUCAGGAGUUUAAUGUCAUAUGAUCGACUUACAACCUUUGUCAAAAGAAAUGCAAAAUUUAGGCAUCCAGAAAUUCUGCCCCUUCCUAGCCUUACAUUUUCCCCUGCCCUCACAAUGUGAAUGGCGCAUUUUCCAACAAGACCUAUCAGGGACGUUUUCAAAUGCAGCAAAACUGGGAAUUGUGAAUGAGAUUAUCAGCAAUCACAUGAUCACAGUAACAUGCACUUAAGAACAAAACUUGUUCAGUGUGGAGAGAAUUGGCCCUCUUCCUCGAGGCCCAGCACUAAUGAUUACUGUAAAAAAAAAAGGCUUUAAUGCUCUGUAAGCCCCUCUUCCAGAGCCGUACGUAGUACCUAUCUGACUAGCUGAAAUGACAUAACAAUUGCAAGUAAAAAGUAAUUUGAUUUUAUCAUGCAUUGUUAAUACUCUUUUUUUCUGUUUAUAUUUGAUUAGAAAUUGAUAUGUUUGUCUGACUGUAUGCAGAGGCAGCAUGUGUAGGAGGGGGGGCUCAUCUGGUAUACUAACCCAAGUACAUACCCUUAACCAAAUUUUCCAAACAUAAGCUGGAGCUGUUUAAAUGAAAAAAAGUCUUACAUAAAAUAAUUACACUAUGAUGAUCCCUAUGAAACUAUUUGAAAAGAUUGCAUGUCUGAAUAUUUUGCCAACUAAUUUUAAGCUUCACUGCUGUGCUGCACUGUUGAUGCUGAAAUGUGAGGAGAGUAAACCCACCUCCCCCCCCCCCUCUAAAUUAUCACCAGGAGGGGCUGUAGACUGCCCAAUCCGCCAUCUGUGGUCUGGUUAACUCCUCUUCUACUAUCUAACUGUCUUAGCUUGUCAGUUCUGCAAUCUUUUACAAAGUCCUUUAGAAUAUUUCUUAUUAAAAUACAAGAGAGCUCAAGACACAGUCAGUGGGUCAGCCCUCCUCUUGAUAUCCUACUCCAAGACUAUUACAGACAAACAAAUAUUAAGAAUUAUUUAAUACAAUAAAUAUCUCAACCAUCACUUCAUUUGACAAAUGGUUGACCCUUAUACCCCAAUUUGACCUACUUAAUGCCAAAUGAUUUUUAACCCUUUAAAUCCCAUGAGUGACCAAGACAGAAUUUCUCC